AUGUCUUUCCCUCGUACGGGCGAGAAUCCGUCGCGAUUCCCUCAUGUUCCAGACUCUCUCCGAAUCGAGCCCUUCGUUCCAUACAUAGCGGAACGGAUCAUCCAGCCGCGCGCAGACACGGCUCCCUACAUCACCCCGUACCUCAGCCUCCGGUCCCGGCUCUCGCAAGUAUGGAUCAACCGGUGGACUGUCCUCAUCAUCCUCGUCCUCGUCCGCACCAUCAUCUUGACGAGUCAGCUACAUGACAAUCUCGUGACUGCUGAGGCGCAGGCUCUCUCCGCCUGCACCAAGGUUGAAGAUGUGGGCAGCGCAAUGGCUUCCAUGCCUCACUAUCUGUCUUCCGGCGUCAACGAGCUGGUUGCCAUGGGCGUGGAAAAGACCGUCCACGGCAUGGUGGAGGUUCUCGAUCUCGUCAUCAGCGGCGUCGAGGGCAUCAUCAUCUUUUACAUCAACUUUCUCGCCGCUACUUAUACCUGCCUCAUCACGGCCAUGAUACACGGGACUCUGGAUGUGAUAGGCAAUGUUACCGAGGACGCGACAAAGGCGUACAACCACGUGGUCAACGGCACGGUCAACGAGAUUGAGAAGAUUGCCAAUGCUCUGCAGAGGGGAAUCGGCAAUCUCACGUCGGAUAUCGAAGACUCCAUCUUUGGCAGCUUGCUUUCCAAGAUCCCCAAGGUCAACUUUACCAAGCCCAUCGAGGAGCUCAGAGACUUCCAGAUCAACACGACUGAGUUUGUCGGCGGCGUCCAGAAGCUCAACGAUGAUAUACCCACGUUCGAGGAGGUCCAGAACAUGACGGAAUCCGUCAUCGCGUUCCCCUUCAACAAGCUCCGCGAAGCCCUGGAGGACAGGUAUGGAAAGUACGAGUUCAACAGGAGCACCUUUCCCCUGGCCGAGAAGCAGCAGAUGACGUUCUGCUCCGACAACGACACGCUGAACAACUUCUUUGACGGCCUGUUCAAGCUCGUGGCCAAGGCCCGCACGGUCUUCAUCGUCAUCUUCGUCCUGGCGGCGCUGGGCGCCAUGGUCCCCAUGGCAUGGCUGGAAAUUCGGCGGUGGCGGCGGCAGAAGGAACAUGCCAAGCUCGUCAGCGACACCCAGCGCGACCCCAUGGACGUUGUCUACACCGUCUCGCGGCCCUUUACGGCCGCCUGGGGCAUGCGCUUCACCAGCAAGCUGAGCGGGAACAGGCAGAUUCUCGUCCGCUGGUGCAUUGCAUACGCCACCACGCCGGCCGCCUUGUUCGUCCUUUCGCUCGCCCUCUCGGGCUUCUUUGCGUGCAUUUGCCAGGCCAUCCUUCUCAGGGCCGUCGAGUCAAAGACGCCUGCGCUGAGCCAGGAGAUUGGCGCGUUUGCGGACCAUGUGGUGGAUAGCCUGCAGAACGUCUCCGACUCCUGGGCGCGAGAUGCCAACGAUGUCAUCAAGGGGCUCAACGACGAUAUCAACGGUGAUCUCCUCGACUACGUCAGCAAUGCCACGGGGGCUGUCAACGACACAAUCAACACGUUCAUGGACAAGAUGGAGGGCGGUCUGAACGCAGCGCUCAACGGCACCUUUCUCCUGGGCCCGGUCAAGUCAAUCCUCCACUGCGUCAUUGGGCUCAAGAUUGAGAGCGUCCAGAAGGGGCUGACGUGGGUGCACGACCACGCCCACGUUGAACUGCCGCUCUUCCCCAACGACACCUUCAGCGCGGGAGCCAACAGCUCUGUGGCGGGAGACUCGGGGCUCGGCAGCUUCCUGGCCUCGCCUUCGUCCGCCUCGAGCGACGAGAUCAGCGGAGCGGUUGGGCACGUCACCGGCUGGCUUCACAAGAACCUGGUGCAGGAAGCCCUCAUCUCCACGGGCAUCUUCCUCGUCUACGUGAUUGUCGUCCUGAUUGGCGUGAUACGGAUGCUGGUCGGCAUGUCUGCACAGGAUCGUGGCCGUGCCGAAGGAGGCAUCCGCUACCCGACAACGACAACGGGUGACACGCAGUUGGAUGAGUCGCCUGCUGAGCGCGAGCCGCCGCCUCCUUGGGAGCCUUCUUCGAGCGGGAGCUCGGUGAGGAGUGGGAACAGCGAAAAGUUCAUUUACGGUGCGAGUCCGACCAAGCCGAGCAUGAGGAGCAACAAUCCGUAUGACCGCUACGACGAAAAGACGGGCUUCUGA